GAAGAGAAGACUUAAUCUCCUUCUAUGAGAGGACGACUUCAGGUUCCGCCCCCCUAAUACAAGUACUCAGUGUGUAGAGAUCAGUGCUGGAGUCUGGAGAUGUCCGCGCUGUUCUGCACGUUCUUCUUACUGCAGGUCGUGGACAGUCAGGUACGAGUCCCUGACUUGGUUUACGCAUGGCUGGAUGCCGAGGUGACUCUGGAAUGCCGAACAAACACCCAGGAAGAAACCAAACAAAUCACCUGGGAGAGGCAGACGGGAGCAGACAGCGUGACAUUCCUCACCUAUAGGACGGACACUGGACCUAUAUAUCAGACGUCAUAUGGGCGGCGAGUCAGGUUCAAGGGUGAUGGAAACAAAAAUGGAUCUAUUGGGAUAUUUAAUGUCACCCUGGAGGAUGAAGGAGUCUAUAAAUGUGUCUUUACUACAUUUCCAUCCGGAAACACUGAAAAAACUAUCCAGUUACAAGUUUUGGUUUUACCUACAGUCAGACAGGUUCUUAUAGAAGACGUCAGGACUCCUUGUCUCAAUAUGGUGGCUGAGUGUUGGGCGUCAUCAGCAAAACCCCCUGCAGAGAUCCAGUGGAUCACACAUGGGAUAAAUUAUACUUCAAAAGAAGAGAACAUUACACAUCCCAAUGGGACCACGAGUACGAGGAGCCGCCUGUAUAUGGUUUCCACACCACAGUAUUAUGGCCAUAAAAUACUUUGCUUGGUUUAUCAGCCGAAGAUUCCAUUUCAGCACCAGGAAAACGUCACCAUCAAUGGUGCCCUGACCAACAUCCAGUUUCCUCCCCAGAUGGUGCAGAUUGAAGUUCUCAAAAAUGACAAAGAAGAUCUGCAGCUUCUAUGUAAAGCAGAGGCCAACCCCAAACCGACUUACUAUUGGAAGAGAGGAGACGCAGAGGAAAGUAAAGCCAAUCCAUUGGAUGCGCCCCAGGUGACAUCACCCACCAUGAACUUCACUGAUGGAGACGGACACGGAUUAUACAUUUGUGAAACGGAAAACGCUCUGGGAAUUAACCGAGGAUACAUUUACAUGUAUAAAUCAAAAAGUUCCCCUCGUUGUCAUCUUGGACUCUUAAUCAGUCUCAUCUGCAUCACUUGUUUAACUCUGUGUGCAAUAUUUUUAUUCAGAACCAGAUUGUGUAAUAAAGAUAAUUAUAAACCACACAUUGGGAAGGAGCAAAGUAUUGAAAUCCUCUGUACACCUGAAAGGGAAAGAAAGAAAGACAUAAGUAAAAAUGAUCUUCAAGACUGUGGAGAUACUGAAAGUCAGUUGGAAGGACCUCAAUGUUAAGAAAAAUGACUGCCUGGUAGUACCAUGUGCUCCUGAAUGUGAUAUAUAAGAAAAAAAUAAAGGGUACCAGAAAGAAACAAGACAAGGAACCACAUUGACUAUAUAGCUGAAAUGCUUGGGUCCAACUUUUACCUCCGCAUCCGCAUUUAGUUACACCCAGGCUUACAAAUAUUGUUACAAGACUGUGACUUUUUGCUAUGGAUGAGAUGAACGUCAUGAUUCUUUGGCCUAUGAAGCUGUGGAGUAAAGUUUUGGAGUCCUUUAAAUGGAAAUAUCACAGCCAUCGACAUUCAGCAUCUAGAGGAACCAGUGACCUCCCACUUGCUCCAUAUUCAGAUUUUCAUUGAUUUGUGGCAUUAUGUUUUAUUUUUAUACUAGAAUUUAUUUAUGUUAUUUAUUUCUGAUUACAUUUUUAGAGUUCCAAAAUAUUCUACAGCUCUGUGCAAAAAUUGUCAGCAAUCAUAUCAUUCCAUGGAAUCAAUGGGCCAAUUUCAUAUGAAAUUGGAGUGAGGGAAGAAGCCAAAGAACCCACAAGAAACCUGUGUAAACACAGGGAGAACAUACAAACUCCAUGCAGAUACUGUUGUCGGUUGAAUUCGAAUACAGGUCAACGACAUUGGUAUCCACUGAUCCACCAUGAUUCCCUAAUAAAGCCAACUGAUGCCAGGAACCAACAAACUGUGCAAGUGGAGUUGGAAAUGGACUGUCUCAGUUAUGGCACCUUCCAGAAAUCUUACAUACAGCUGCCGAUACAGAGGGUGUGGAAACCCAUAUUUACGUGAUGGAUCUAAGUUUAUUUCACACUACAUCGACCAAUAAUAUUACAAUAACAUCCCCAUUAUUACAAUGAUGGGAGUACAGCUCCUACUCCAGAAACCAGGGGAUGAGAGUAUAGUGUCAUUUUACAACUUUAUCUAGACCUUCAGCAGUACAAUAGAGCCACAAUUAUACCAUCACUCUAAUAAUAAUGUGAUGACUCUGCUUAUUUUGCCCCAGUCUACACAGCAAAGCUGAUAAAAGAUCUAACACAAAACAGGAAAUUUUGCCUAUUGUAUCUGCUCUGGUUCUGACUUGUUAGUUUGAUUUUGCAUUGGUUUGGUAGUUCUGACCUGAUUGUCUAGUUUUUGGCCUUGUCCUGUCUAUCUUGUGAUCUGUCUGUUCUUUUAGUUGGUUUAUUUCUGUCACCUGAAUUUGUAUCCUGACUUGUAUUCUGACCUGUUUGCGUUUAGUACUCCCCCAUGGUACAUGGUCUGAUCCAUUGCUUUUUGCUUUGCCCCUAACCUGGUGUAUUUUUUGUUUAGUCUUGUGUGAUCCUGUACCAGUGUAUCAUGAUCUGUGUUCAGUUACCUGUUCUCUCACCUUUAUUCCUGGUAAACCUGCGGCUUGGAGGGGCAAGCUGUGCAGAACUAGCUUGCCCCCUGACUGGUGAGCAGUUAAGCGGUUAAGAAAUAAUACAGGCAAGGUUUCUAGCCACCUCCCCCGCCUGUAAAACUUGUCGGUAACUAUAGUGUGGUAUGUUCCAUGGGUGGGGGGGAAGGAGUGCACCAAUCAGGGGUGUAAUAGUUUCCCGGGCUUUCAGGGGCCCUCCCCUGGGUAUUUAUAGCUGUGGUGCCUCCCUCCCCCCCCCCCCUCAAUCUGCCCAGGACCCAGAGUUUUGCCCUCCCUCCCUUUUGUAUCUCUGUUUAUUGUAAGUCACAGCUUGGCGGUAAGAAGACGGUGAAAGCGCGGUCAACCCGGGGUAGACCUCCACACAGGACAGUGUGGCAGCACCUCUCGGGUUGGCAAGAAGCCAAUCGGUGUCUUUGUUACAGUUAAAUUGUUAUUUAUAUAAGUAAUUUUAUAAAUAAAGCUGUGGCCGAUCCCCACCCACGGAAAAGUUAAAUUGUUGUUGUGUCAGUUAUUAUUUAAUUAUUUAUUGUAGUAAGGGGGAGGGGGAGUUAUAACCUGCUAGGAGCUAAUUGGGUCUCAACAGUCAUAUUUUCCUGGUAACCUGUUUGUCAUUACUCUAAUACCUGCUGUAUUACUUUGGUCUUGAACCUGUUAGUCAGAACUCUUUAUACAUGCUGUGUUCUGUCUGUUACUACUUUGCGUACCUGCCGUUGUAUAUUACCCUGGUUCUUUGUAUGUGUCCUGACCUGUUUCCCUUACCUCCAUUAAGUUUUGUUUAUUAUUUUGACUGGUCACCCCCAAAAAUCUUGAGAGGGAGGGAGGUAGAUGGAGAGGGAGAGAGAAGAGAGAAAGAGGAGAUAGGGGAGAGAUACAGUUAUGGUUAUUUAUAGAGAUAACUGCUAAGCAUCUGGUUUAUUAGCUGGUUUACAUUUAUAAUAAAACCUUCUAGUCCGGCAAAAGAAGAACUGUUUUCCGUGCUGCUAUUCAAUGGGCGUGGGAAGGCGAGUUAUAGAUGUGACCCAUUCUGUUGGUGUAGCUGUUCUGGUCUAGAUAGGACUUUUUAACCCCUUAACUAUGCAGGCCGUAAAUGUACGUCCUGGAGAGGUGGAGGUACAUUUACGUCCUGUACAUGACUGCGAGCAUCGGAGCGAUGCUCGUGUCAUGCACAACAGGUCCCGGCUGCUGAUAGCAGUCAGGGACCCGCCGGUAAUGGCCGACAUCCGCGAUCGCGCGGAUGUCCGCCAUCAACCCCUCAGAUGCCAUGAUCAAUACAGAUCACUGCAUCUGCAGCAGUGCGACACUUAAUGUGGAUGAUCGGAUUGCCCGCAGCGCCCUCCCAUAAUGGCGGCCGGAGGUCCCCUCACCUGCCUCUGUCUGUCUCCAGGUGUCUCCUGCUCUGGUCUGAGAUCGAGCAGACAAGAGCAGUAGAUCACUGAUAACACUAAUCAGUGCCAUGCCUUAUGAACAGUAUUAUCAAUCAACUGAUUGCUAUAAAUAGUCCCCUAUGGGGACUAUUUAAGUGUAAAAAUAAAAGUAAAAAAAAAAAAAAAAGUAAAAUAAUUUGAAAAAUCCCCUCCCCAAAAUCCCCCAAAAUCCCCUCCCCCUUUUUCCCCAUUUUACCCCCCAAAAGUGUAAAAAAAUAUAUAAUUAUCCCAUUAAUGAUCCCCUACAGUGACUGGCGUGAACGAAAAGUCCCGCUGCUGGGGACCCCGGAGAUCGCCGCUGCGGCACCCCACCAUCAUUACUGCACAGAGCGAGUUCGCUCUGUGCGUAAUGACGGGCGAUACAGGGGUCGGAGCAGCGUGACGUCAUGGCUUCGCCCCUCAUGACAUCACGGCCCGUCCCCUUAAUGCAAGUCUAUGGCAGGGGGUGUG